AUGGCUCCCAAAAAGGGGGUGUGCCCGAUGCUCCUCAACGACAGAGUAUGCCACGACCAGGGCAAAGGUUGCCCAUACUCGCAUAAAAUGUCAGCCAUCCGGUGGUGGAAGAUGACUGCGGGACAGGAACGAUGCGGCCAUGGUGCCAACUGCUCAUACCUCUUCACUGGCAGCUGCCUAUGGUUUCACACAGCAAAGGACCGGGCGUCAGUGGCUAGGCUGCGCCAGCAGCGGACUACCGAGGUGUCCAGCGGUCUCGCUCAAGGAGAGUCGCUGGAUAUUCUGUCUCUCGGUCUCGGUGUUGAGCCGUUCAGCAUUGCACAGGUUAAAGAACUCGCGAGCUUCAACAAGGUCGCCGAUGGCGAGAUUGCCGUUCCAGGUGCUCCUCCACGGUUCACACCGCUGACGCAGCCGUUGCGAAUGCAGGCCGACUCGAACAACGAAGCCAUUCCCUCCCGCUACCCACAAUACGCAUACAUCUUCGAGCCCCUGCUACGAUCUGUCCAAGUGAUGCAACCGAACGUGGAUGUGUUUGGUGCGACCGACGUAAUCAGCAACGUGAGCAACCUCCUGUUGCAACGAAGCCUGAGCCACCACCGUGUGCUGUCGUACCGCUUCGCGGACUUGCAGCUAGUGGUACAAGCCGAAGUUGAUGCCUACCACUGCGAGUGCGACCACGAUACGCCGUCGCCCGAACUUGUUUCCGUUACCCCCGGAAAGGCGAAACGACACUCAGACCCCGGUCCACUGUCCCCAGGCCGGCGUCACCGACGCAACUCGUCCAAGCCAUCGGCCCGAGCCUCUCCGUCCAUCGCCUUCGCUGCCCUAGCCCUCGAUGACCCAGGCGACAGUCCCGGUUUCACACCCGCCAGCCCCAUCACCCACCCCAGUCCGACCCUGUGCGUCCACCACACCCGCCGCAGCAUCCCCGCCCCUUGUCUGAUCGAAAUCAAGACGAGAAACGCCCGCUCGCCUGCGCUCUCCACCGACGAAGCACAGCUGUACUUUUCUCAGCGGACCAAGCUCUACCUUGCCCGCCACGACCACGGCUUGUUCAGUCCGGGGCCAGAGCUUGUCGUCCAGGACAUGGAGCAGAAGCUGCAACUUUGGGAGCAAGAUCAGCAGGCGACACUGCGGAAGCUCGCCGACCUACUGAAGGUCGUCCGGGACAGGGUCAAGGUGUUGAAGGGCCAGGGAGUAGAGAGGGUUAGCCUGCUUUGUCAGUGCGACGGGACCGGGAGGGAGGGGGGCGUUAGUGUCAGGUUGUGUGAGCGAGCAGAGGGGGAUGGAGGGGCGUUGUUACCGCCUGUGGUGUAG